ACCCAAGCCCGUCCCUCGCAGGUGCCCAACACGUCCCCGACAAGGGCUACCAGGCACGUGUCCCCCAGGGCCAGGGCAAAGCCCUGGGGGAUGCGGAAGUCACUUCCUUCCCCUUUCCCCAAAUAGCUGCUAUGCAAAGGGCAGGUGGCCCCACCAGCGCACGGCAGAGUGCCGGGAUGGCCAGGAGUGCGGCACUGCUCCUCUGGGCCCAAGCCCUCGGCCUCACUGGUGAGUCCUUGCUGGUCCCCAACCCUGCUGUCCCCAGACACUGCCGGUGGCCCCGGCAGACUGGCGUCCCCUGUCACCUUGCAGGUGCCCAGCCCAGCCAGCUCACGCUGGACCCCCCCUGGACACCGGUGUUCCUGACAGAGAAGGUGACACUGACCUGCCAGGGCUCUGGCGCGCCCGGCCCCGCCAAGUGGUAUGUCAAUGAGCAGUUCUGGCAGCAGGCAAGAUCCAACCACAUCCACAUCACCACAGACCUACCCAGGAGCUACAGCUUGCAGUGCCGCAGCCCUGGUGCCAGGCUCAGCCCCUCCAUCACCUUGGGCUUCUCGAAUGGUGAGGGGUGGCAUGGGUGCCCCUGCCCUGGCACGUGCGGGUGCCACAAGGGCUCUGGGUGGGCUCUCUUUCUCAGCCUCUUGCCCCUCGUGUGACAGGAGCCCAUCCUGUGCAU